UUGUCAAUCUCCAUUCACUCACUCACUCAUUCAUUCACUCAGCAAAUGGCUCAGCAGCCAGCAUCAGCGGCGGUCAUUUCGGAUGCGCUGCUGCAGCAGACGCUCGCUGAAGACCUGACUGCUGGGCUGCCCGCCGAUCUCGUUGCUGCACUCCGCGUUGCCGAGUCAACAACGACUGCAGCAAUGAUGCCUGGCGACGAUGAGCAUCAUGAUCACGAUCAGGAUCAGGAUCAGGAUCAGGAUCAGCAGCAGCAGCAGCAGCAGCAGCAGAAGGGCGAUGCAUUGGCAAGCUCACAGCGCACUGGUCUUGGUCUGGCACCACUCCAGUCAGUCGCAGGACAUCAGCACCAGCACCACCAGCACCACCAGACCCUUCAGCAGCAGCAGCAGCAGGAGGAGAAGGACAAGCUCAGCAGGCAGCGGCAACUCCAGCUCGAGCUCGCUGCGGCAGCGUCGUCCCACCCAGCAGGCGCCAACCUCAAGCCAACGGCUGCUGCUGCUGCUGCUGCUGCUGGGUCGUCAUCAGAGGACAACGAUGCGUCCAGCUACGCGGCUGCUGCUGCUGCUGCUGGAGGGUCGUCGUCGUCGUCCGGAGGCGAUUCGAGCGCCGUUACUACUUCUACUUCUACUACGACUGGGAUCGCCGCCGUGUCCGUGCAAGACUCGGUCGUAAGGAAGGUCCCGCUCAACAAGAUCUCGUCCCAGCUCACGACGGACAUCACGCGCAAGGAAGCCGGAUUGCCGACGUGCAUUGCGUCGUCGGCAAGAUUUGUCGCCAUUGGAGCCUCGCAUGGACUGGCAAUCGUGUAUGACUACCACCAGCGCGUUCGAUUUGUGCUUGGCUCGACGUCUGCAGGCAUGACGUUUGGACCCAUCACUGCAAUCUGCCUGUCCUCGGUUGACGAUUUGGACGCCUCGCUCCAACAACCACAACAGCCGCAGCAGCAACCGCAUCAGCGCGCACCGGCAGCUGGCCCCGCCAACAACAACAACACCUCUGCUCACGGUGGACAGUCGCCCAUGAUGGCUCACGCAGGUGGAGUUCGAGGCAAUGGAGGUGCUUCUUCUGCAUCUCCGUCACAGCAACAACGAGCCUCCACAGUGGCCGCCACUGGCGCAUCGAACGCUCCGCUGAGCGUGUCUGGGUUUGACUAUUUACUGGCCGGCUUUGAAAAGGGCCAUAUUGCCGUGUGGGAACUGCAGCAGGGCAAGCUGCUCAAAGUCAUUGACGGUGUGCACGAUCGCGCCAUUCUCAACAUCACCGCGGCCGUCCCGGAUCUGAGCUCCAUCGUCUCAUCCGAUGCCCGGGGAGCCGUAUUUUCACACAAUGUUCGACGUGUGAUGGGCAUCUGGGUUGCAGACUCGAAAUGCCUCGUGACGGGCGGCGGGAAGGCUGCGGUUUCCUCGCUCGUCUCGCUUCCUCCUGCUUUGGGCCUCUCGCAUCCCCUCGACGACCUGUCUCUCGUGGCCAUGACAACGAAAUCCAAGGUGCACAUUGUCGCUUUGCGGCCCCAACUCGAUAUCAUGCACACCUUUGGCAAGGAGGUCAUUUGCGCGACUGAAGAGCAAGAUGCAGUGCCCCAACGCCCUUUCGUCUAUGGGCAAGACACGCCAAUCUCUGACAAUGCGCAGGAUGGUGACAGCAGGACAGACAGCGGGCGCCAGACCCCUACCACCCCUCGCUCUGCUCAGCUGCUCGGGCGCGCCGCUUCCAGUCCAGGCAAUGCGACUGAAUCCACGUCGGAUUUGCACUUGCCGUGUCUGGCAUGGCGCAGGUGCAUGCUGGCCGGUGAGGCCCGAAAGCGGACAGUGCUACACCCGAUGGUCGCUUGCUCGUUUGCCAAUCACGUUCGCCUCAUCGAAGUCGUGUGCAACGACACUGGUGCGCGGGGCAUCGACUUGCCAGGGCCGCCGUCUCUCCCGGGCUCAACAACCCCGCAACAAGCGCAACGCCAGCAAGCGUCCUUGCAGCAGCAGCACGAGCAGUUUCGCCCAGCACCCGGCACGCCUCUUGCUCGCCAGUCGUCUGGCAUCACGCAAGAGGAGCAGCAGCUCGUCCAACUUGUGUCGCCGACCUCCUCUUCCUCCUUGUCCUCGAGUCUGAGCUCGGGUUUGAAGGCUGGGUUGGCCUCCAUUGGCACUCCGCUCACUCAUGUCGGAAGCGCCUUUACCACCUUCAUGAGUGCCAGUACCAUUUCGUUUGUGCGGCGCGGCCACCUGGUCUUGGACUUUCCCGUAACUGCCCUGCAGUGGCUCGGUGCCUCCAUUGUCAUUGCGCUCGAUGGCCGGGAGCGGCUAAAUGUGAUUGACGCUCAGACCAUGCAACUGCUCCAGACCAUUGAUGUCAGCGACCUCAACCUGCUCUUCCACACUCGCUUUCAGCCGUUUGCUGCGGGUCCUCCGUCCAACACCUACUUGGCCACCGCUGCCUUCAACUCCAUCUUUGGAGGCGCGGGCAGCAGCGGCGGCUCUCUGUCCCGGUCGCACUCGGCGUCUGUCACUUCUGCCAGCUCGGUGGCCGCCGUCACCGCUGCGCUGCGUCGCACAAUGACGCACCACCAGACCAUGUGUGCUCAGCUUCGUGGGUCAAACAUUUUCCUCGUGGGACAGCAGUCCGUGGUCAUGUUGACCUUGCUGACUUGGUCGGAGCGCAUUGCCAUUCUCGUUCGGCAAAGCAAAUUCCUCGAGGCACUCGCAUUGGCCAAGGAGUUUUACGACGGCACUGCCAAAGCCAUCAUUGGGCUGCCACUGAAUGCGGCGCGGCGUCGCGAAAUUGUGAGCGAGCAAAUGACGGAUUUGCUGCUGGCCUACCUUGACAUUUCGAUUUCCACCCCUCCAGCUGAAGCCAUCGUCCCGCCGCCCACUGUCGUCGCUGCCGCCACCACCGCCACAGAAGCACCCAACAAUGCUGUUGCAGGCGUGUGGCUCAACGUCGACCACGUUCGCAACCUAGUCAGCACCAGCAUCGAGUAUUGUCUGGCCAUUGACCGCCACGACUUGCUCAUGAGCGAGAUCUUUGACCGCUUUUGUGCGGUUCAGUGCGACUACCCGGCCAGUGGUCGCGGGGUCUUCCUGGAACGUCUCGAACCCUACGUUCUGAGUGACCGCAUCCGCUCGUUCAGUCCGAUUGUGAUGCAGGCUUUCGUCGAGCAUUACCUCGCGCGGGGAUUUUUGCAGCGCAUCGAGCGCUGCCUCGUGCACAUGGAUGUCGCCAACCUUGACUUGCAUCAAGUCAUCACCAUGUGUCGGCAGCACCGCCUGUAUACUGCGCUUAUUUACGUCUACAACCGCGGUCUGUUUGACUAUGUCUCGCCAAUGGAAGAGCUGGUUCAGCGCCUGUACCAAGCCGUCAAGGGCAAAGGGCGAGCACAAGCUGCUGCAACGAACGAUGCGGCGCCAUCCGGAAUGUCGAGUAGCGAUUUCAGCAUUGGAUACAAAUUGCUCUUGUACAUGAGCUUUUGCUUGACUGGCCGAGCCUUCCCGGCAGGCAUGCUGCCCGCCGAGCUGUUGCCAACAAUCAAGUCAGAGGUGUAUCACUUUUUACUGGCGCGUGCCUCAGCGACGAGUGCUCGUAGUCCUGAAUCGCCCAGCUCUCCUGGUGAAUUUGAAGAAGCCGUCCAGUACCCCAACCUUCGCGCCUUGCUCAUGUUUGACAUUCGCGAGUUCCUGAAGGUCCUGGAUGUCGCCUUCGAAGAUGCCGCUCUCAAUCCACCCUCCUUUGGCCAGACUGCCGUGGAUGAGGAAUCCGCCUCCGCCUCGUCCAAAUCACGCAAGCGUCGACAGGCCGAUGCUCAUCAGGCUUCUGCAACGCAAGAUAUGGUUGUCCCGGUCCAGCCGAUGCCCGAUCGACAGCUCAUUUUGGACAUUUUAUUCGACACAUUCCGUGUGCGAACGAUGGCCGCGGUGCAGCAAGAACAGCAACGACAACAAGUGCAACAACACCGACAACAAGCGCAGGGCAAAAGCAGUGCUCGGGCUCUGUCGCGCUCCGUGUCCCACCCCCAGUCCAUCUCCCCGUUCUCUGCCGAGCAAAUGACCGUUUUGUUUGCCUUCGUUGCUCGACAGUUGCUGCGCUUUCCAAAGUUGCUGACUGUCGAGCCGGCCAUCCUCGAUCUGAUGGUCCGCUAUCUGACCAACGCCGACUCCUUGCUGUGUGACGCGAGCGAAAGCGAGUCCAAGUCCGCCGAAGCGUCCGGGCCUCAACAGGGUGGCGUGCCCGAGCUGCGGGUUUCUGUCGAUGAGCGAGAGCAGGCCUUGAUCAGCCUCUAUCACGGAGGACUGCUCAACCACAUUGACGAAGACACGCUUCUGAUCAUGACCGAGUCCGCGCAAUUCUUCAAAAUUCUCGAGUCGUUGUACGAAGCGCGUCGGCAGUACGCCAAGAUUCUUGCCAUCUAUCUGCGUGCUCCCAACCAGGAACGGAAGGCCAUCAGCUACGUCCACCGUGUGCUGUCGGCGCCUCAGAGCUCCGUCCCGUCACGGCCCGCGUACGACGAGCGCGGCAUACUGCGUCAGCCAUCCAGCUACACUGCGCAAGACAACGCGACUGUGCGGGAGUUUGCUAUUCAGCAUGCGUUGCAACUUUCGCUGGCCGAUCGGCGUGCAAUGGCCAAAGUGGUCAUGCUGCACUUCCCCGAAGAGCUGGCGCCCUUUGUGGGCCGACUGCAACCCAACUCGCAAGUUCAGUACGAGUUCUUGCGUCACGUGUUUGACCCAACUCUGCUCAGCAGUAUUCCCCUCGCUACCGGCCAGCAACGGCCCUCCGUUGCGAGAGAGCCAGGCCAGUCCGAACUCAGUGCCCUUGUGGGAUCGGUUCCGCUGGAAGUCAACGAGCGCUACAUUGAGCUCCUUUGCGAGUAUGCUCCAUCCCAAGUGUAUGCCUACUUGCGAUUGCAAGACAACUACCGCCUUGAGGAAUGUCUGCGCAUGUGCAAAAAGUUCAAGAUCACCGACGCCACGGCGUGGCUCCUCGAGCGGUCGGGCGACAUUGUCGCCGCCUU